CUGCCAUACUCUUCUUCUCAUCACUUGCCUCUCCUUUCUCUUCACUGCCCAAAAAUGUCUUCAGAAUCCCUAGUCCUCCGUGGCACAAUGAGAGCCCACACCGAUUGGGUCACAGCAAUCGCUACCCCAAUCGACAACUCCGACAUGAUCGUCACUUCUUCACGUGACAAAUCCAUCAUCGUUUGGUCCUUAACCAAAGACGGACCCACUUACGGUGUGCCACGUCGCCGUUUAACCGGACACGGCCACUUCGUACAAGACGUCGUACUUUCAUCCGACGGCAUGUUCGCACUUUCCGGUUCGUGGGACGGUGAACUCCGUUUGUGGGACCUACAAGCCGGGACCACCGCACGCCGUUUUGUCGGACAUACUAAGGAUGUUUUGUCUGUCGCAUUUUCCGUCGAUAACCGUCAAAUCGUGUCGGCUUCACGUGACAAAUCAAUUAAGCUAUGGAACACUUUAGGGGAAUGUAAGUAUACUAUUACUGAUGGUGAUUCACAUUCUGAUUGGGUUUCAUGUGUGAGAUUUAGUCCUAAUACGUUACAACCAACGAUUGUGUCUGGUUCUUGGGAUAGAACUGUGAAGAUAUGGAAUUUGACUAACUGUAAGUUGAGAUCUACAUUGGCUGGACAUGCGGGUUAUGUGAACACUGUUGCGGUAUCGCCAGAUGGUUCGUUGUGUGCUAGUGGAGGGAAAGAUGGGGUUAUUUUGCUAUGGGAUUUGGCUGAAGGGAAGAAGCUUUAUUCGCUUGAUGCUGGGAGUAUUAUUCAUACUCUUUGUUUUAGUCCUAAUAGGUAUUGGCUUUGUGCUGCGACCGAGUCGAGUAUUAAGAUUUGGGAUUUGGAGAGUAAGAGUAUUGUUGUGGAUUUGAAAGUUGAUCUUAAGCAAGAGAGUGAGAUGUAUCCCCAAGGAGCUGCUUCUGGCAAGAACAAGGACAAGAUCAUAUACUGUACGAGUUUGAGCUGGAGUGCUGAUGGAAGCACCCUUUUCAGUGGAUACACAGACGGUUUGAUUAGGGUCUGGGGUAUUGGGCGUUAUUAGGAGUUGCAUCUAGGCAAGAAGGCCAUAGUUAUUUAAAGACAUUUAGAUUUCUCUUAAAAUGUUUGACGACGAGUAUUUGGAUUCUCCUUGUUUCUCAUGGUUUUGAGAGUUUUGCUGUUCCAUUUUUGGAAUUCUAUUUAGUAUUUUGUUACAAGCAUUAUGUUGCUACACAUGAAGUUGGUUUGCAUGUAUGUUAUUCCUCAAGGCUUUCUUCUGA